CUAUUCUGAAAGUCAGCAAGGAUUAUGGUGUCAAGAGUAAGCAAGCAAUGUCCUGUGGUCCACUCUAUGCGUGUGUCCUGAACACGACGCUGCGCCCAGGUACGCAUUAUUAACAUGCGUAAGCGCGUCAACCCCUAAUUAACGACUAUAGCAUUCUUCGAACCCACAUCCGUGGCCAAGUGUACCCGGCCCUUAGACGAAUCAAUGUUAGAUGGCUUGCUGUACGAUUCCUUGAGUUUUGCAAGCCCGAACGAGUACGAACUUCAAGAGAUGGCUGACCGCGCCCGUCAGCUCAUUAGAGAUCAUAAGGGCCAAGUACACUUGAGAGGUCUUAGGGACAGAUCCGUCCAGGAAGAUCUCCAUGAGCCCAAGGGCGUGUUGACCAAAUCCAACGAGAAUUCAGCGUACAAAGGGCUCCUUUUGGAUGCGUUCUCGGUAUCACAAUUUAUUCCAAUGCUGUUCAUCAAAUUGGGACCCAAUGGUGUUCUGGUCUUUCAGAGGAUAAGACCCCAAUCGGCAGAGGGUCGAGAUCAGGAAAUCGAGAAGGAGAUGGAUGUGACCCUUGCUGAUAUUGAAGAUUGGCAACAGGGAGGUCUUGUAAAAUGGCAGCCCUUCCCGGCGCACAAGGUCGAUAACAUCAAGAGCGUCACUGGUGCGGGUGACAGUUUCGUCGCGUCCGUUGUUACAAGUCUGCAUAACCUUGACAGAGCUUCAACAGUCCUAUCCUCCUGCUCAGAGAGCACAAUCCUUUGGCAGCACAUGGAUAGAAUCAUCGAGGAUGGGCAGAUCGCAGCGACGCUCACCAUGCAAACCCACGAAACUGUCAGCUCAGCACUAGUACAGAGUCCUCAAGCAGAACGCAUUCGUAGCGUAGCGAAAGAAUAAGCCUGGAAUGCAUUACAAUGCAUUCGAUGCCUCGUUUAAAUAAACAUGUAUUUGU